UAUACACAUCGUUCCAUACACUUUGAUAUUACACUCAACAGGGAAAUAAGUCUAUAGUUUUUAACGUCAUUCUGUUUACUGUUUUUAUAAACUGGGGUAACAUUUGCUCUUUUCCAUUGAUCUGGAAAAGUAUACGUACUUAACGAUAAGUUAAAUAAUUUACAUAGUGGAUAUUUUAAAACAGAAGAUGCUUCUUUUAACAAUUUGGGACUUAUGAGGUCUGGGCCAGAAGCUUUUGUAGGAUUAACAAUUUUCAAUAUAUCUUCAACUUCAGUAACAACGACCAGUACGCGAUAUAUCAGUACAUGCCAAUGCGCUUUACACCAAGACGUCUAGAAGAUAAAUACCAGCAGUUACUACGUUUAUCACACAAGGAAGAUAGCGUAACGAUAAACACAAGCAGUUUCUUCAGUUUUCAAAUGAAAUAUCAGAGACCAAGACUUACACUAUACUUUGCUGUAUCGUCGAUAAUUUGUCUAACAAUUGUGUUUGCUUUUUUGGAUUUCAAAUUUACUUUGAUUCCACAGAUGGCGUACAAUUCAGGACCUGUUGAAGAGAACGAUUAUGUUCAGAAAUUUGAACACAUAUUUAACGAUACAACAAGAAUAACAAAGAAAAUACUAGUAUGGACACCAUUUUUCAGAACUGUAAAACAAUGGGCCAAAGGAAUAAAUAAUGAUUUGAAAAAGUGUGAUUACGCUUGUACAGCAACCCAUAAUCGAGGAAAUCUUCCUCUGAGUGACGCCAUUAUAUUUCAUGACGCUGAUAUAAACAUUAAUGAUAUGCCAGGCAUAAGAAUUCGUCGGCAGCCAUGGAUUCUAUAUACUCUUGAACCUACCGCCUUAAUAAAAAAAAAUUACAAUUGGAUGAACGGGAUGUUCAAUUGGACUAUUUCCUACCGGAACUAUUCUACUAUUCUUGGCGCCUAUGGAGGUUAUGUGCUUAAAAACAUGAAUACACCAACGCCACAGCCUGUGUCUUUAAAUAACAAAAACAAAACCAUGUAUGCAUCUAUAAGUAAUUGUCAUGAUGCUGGGAGACGAUUUAAAUUGAUAAAAGAGAUUAUGAAAUACAUUGAUGUGGAAUUGUUCGGUCGCUGCGGUGACCGGAAGUGUACUAAUUUUCGUGGUCCAUGCCAUCCAAAAGAAAUAUUGAAUUUAUAUAAAUUUAGACUAGCUUUUGAAAACUCUCAUUGUCGGCAUUACGUGACAGAGAAAUACUGGUCUACUUUGGCGGAGAGUGAUACUAUUCCAAUUGUUAACUGGAUUAAAGGGCAAAUAAACCCAACUGUUAUACCAAAUUCGUAUAUCAAUUUCUUUGAAUUCAAAAACAUAAGUGAUUUUGUUAAAUAUAUAGAGAAAGUUGGUACUAAUGAGACUCUUUUUAAUCAGUAUUUUGAAUGGAAGAAAAUGUAUGAACUUGGGAAAUCUGACUCUGAUUAUUGCAAGUUAUGUGAAAAACUGCACAAACCAUACCAAUCGCAGGUAUAUACGGACAUCGGAGGGUGGUUCAAAGAAGAUACAUGUACUAAAUACAGCCUGAUUGGAAUGGCUGGAAGAUGGUUAGACAGAAGAAUUUUUAACAUUUUCAAUGAAUGAUCUUUAAUCUAUAUUGGGUGGUAUCAAAAGCUAGGACGUGAACCUUACACAUACAUAAGACCAUAUACUAUUGGAUACUUUUGAAAUAUUAUCAACCUGAGCAUGCAAGUUUAUAUUGUCAAUUAUUAAGCUAAUUAACAUGUUUUAUUUAUAAGAAAACAAAAAACUGAAAGCUUUGUUUGAGGAGGUCAAACGCAUUAUUAGUUUCGGGACGCAGAACAUUAUGGCGGGAAAUUAAAAGUUGAAUUACUUCGGUUAAUAUUAGUUUGACAGCUUAUACAGUAAAUACUACACCGUUAAGCUUAUUCAUAACUAAAUGUGUUUAUACGCAUUGGGCUGGAUGUUGUUUAAAAUCCAAGGACAAAAACGUGGUCCAUUGUUGAAUCGACCAAGUAAUGAUUUCAUGGCUAGGGUUAGGGUUAUAGUAUCCAACUUGAUUCCGUGAACUAGUCAAAUGUCAAUUGUAACAGUACCUGUUGGACAAUAAAUAUGAGGGUUUGUAUGGGAUUUACAGAAGAGUUAAUAACAGGUAAAAUGAACGCGAAAAUGAUGGAUAGACACAAUAGUGAAAGUCCAUGAAAUAAUAUGCCACAGAAGGACAAUUAUUUUUAAAUGUAAAACCUGUGUGAACACAGAUCAGUGUGGAUAAUAUAUUUUGGAUGUUCGACCGUGUUUUCUGACAUAGAGAGUUAUCUGGUGUUUCCCAAGACGUUUCUAUAUUAAACUGUGGUGCGCAGUGACAACCAACCUCAACCAAACACUAAAAAUAGCUGUGUCUGUUAUCUAAUAUUUAGUUUAAUCAUAGAUUUUGUUUAGAUAAAAAUUGUUAUUGAUAUCAAAUGUACAUAUUGGCCAACGUUCUAUGACUGCUUCGUGUAUAUAAUAUGUAAAUUUCUGUAAUUAAAUUUUGUGAUUCCAAAAUUCCAUUCUAGAAUUUCCUUUCGACAUUUGAUAUAACUUCUUUUUGAAUGCAUUGACAUUUUUAACAAUGAUCCUUUAAGGGAAGACAGCUAGAUGAGUGGGCUCUACCACUACAGAGAUUUAUAUAAAGAAACAGAAGAUUGCAAAUAUUGACAAAUGAUUCCGAUUAAAUAAGUUCCACAAUUUUUAUUUUGGAUGGCAGGAAAAACUCAAAAUGGGAAGACUGAUAUCAUAUAAGGUGCAUUUCUGAAAAAUGUUAUUUUGAUAUGCAAGAUUGUAUCCGAGAAUCUGC